GUACUCGGUCAGUUCCAAGUUCCAACCAACACCGAACCAACGCCUCAUGCAGUUUUCGCACUGUUCUUUCUUCGCACUUUCUCCGAUCUUUCUACAGUGCGUGAUCGCUCCCAAAAUGGAAGCUUCAUUUCGCCUGCUCUGCUUUCUUCUGCUCCCGUCUACGGAUACUCCUCCACUCUCUGUCUCUCUCUCUCUCUCCCACACUAACGGAAAUACCACAUAUCCCAACCCAACCCAACAUUACCUAGUUCAUCAACUCAACCCGGUCAGUGGUUUCUCCUCCCUUGCCAGCCACGGCCCAGGAAACGCCAUGUGCCCCCCGAUCAAGCCAUCGGGCUCUUUCGGACACUGUUGCUGGCCACGUUUAUGGCUGGCUUAGCUUCCUCGGGCCCUGACGGCGGGCAUGCCCUCCCUCUCUGCAUCUCAUCUGCGCAAGGUCAAGGUUCCUUCUUUUCGAAAGCAUUGUGCUUCGGGCUUGCACUCGCCUCGCCUUCGCUGUCUUUCGCUACA